UCAACCUAGAAUCAUCACACAGCUAAAACCGUUAUUAGGAAAAGCCUUUCCAUUCUGAAUAACCAAAGAGUAUCUGGAACAGAAAACAUGAGAACUGUUCUAAUCUUUGUAUUCAUUGCCCCGCUUGCUAUUUCAGCUAGAGCUGAGAAGGACUAUUCUUCCUUUGAUUCUGCUGCACCUCCUGAGACAAAAUCAAGAUUUGCCAUGUUAGAUGAUGUACGAAUCUUAGCCAAUGGACUCCUCCAGCUUGGGCAUGGUCUUAAAGACUUUGUCCACAAGACAAAGGGGCAAAUGAAUGACAUCUUUCAAAAACUUAACAUUUUUGAUAAGUCCUUUUACGAGCUCUCACUGCAAACCAGUGAAAUCAAAGAAGAAGAAGAACAGCUCAGACAAACUACUGCCAGAUUGCAAAUCAAUAAUGAAGAGAUAAAGAAUCUCUCUCAGGAGAUGAAUUCAAAGAUUGAACACCUCAUACAAAACAAAAUCCAGCUGCAAGAGAAAGUAUGGGGUCUAGAAGAUAAAGUCACUAAAUUGGCCAUUAUUCAGCCUACAAAGCAAGAGACAAACGAAAUUUCUUCACUCAAAUUAAACCACAUAGAGCUCCAGGAGAUCACCGAGAAUUCCUUUAUUGUGGAGCAAACAGAACGAGAGGUCGUCCCCUUCCUUGUGCACAAUUCAACCGCUGUAAUGUACAAAGUUGACGGUGCCGCUCCUGAUUGCACUGCUCUCUAUAACAGCGGCAUACGGUCCAGUGGUAUUUACACUAUUAAGCCCAAUGGCUCAGAAGCUUUCGAUGUCUACUGCGAAAUGAAAUUUGGCAGUUCUUGGACUGUAAUUCAGAACAGAGUGGAUGGAUCACUAGAUUUCAACCAAACCUGGGACACCUACGAACAUGGUUUUGGUGAUCUCAAUGAAGAGUUCUGGCUAGGUCUGAAUAAGACCUAUUCCAUUACUAAACAAGGGGACUACAUUUUACGGAUUGAGCUGCAGGACUGGAAAGACAAUAAACGAUACAUUGAGUAUGCAUUCAGCUUGGGAAGCCCCGAAAAGGACUACACCCUCCAGCUUUCACGGAUCUCCGGGAACAUCCCCAACGCACUGCCUGAACAGACAGAACUGAGGUUCUCGACUAUGGACCGUAACAUGGACAUAGCAAAAGACUUCAACUGUCCAGAAAACUAUCUAGGAGGCUGGUGGCACAGUGAAUGUGAGGAAACAAAUCUCAAUGGGAAAUACGUCACACCAAGGUCAAGAGGAAGACUAGACAGAAGAAAAGGCUUAUACUGGAAGCCUAAGAAAGGAAGAUACUAUUUACUCAAGUCAACCAAAAUAAUGAUCCACCCAACAGAUUUAAAAAGUUUUGAUUGAAUGCUCAACUUGAUGUAUUUUAAUUCAGAACAUAUACACUGAACAUUAAAUAUAACAUGAACUUUUUGAUGUAAGAAUAACAGGUGCAUGUCUAAAUCCAUGCACACUGUAUGUAUGGUGUGCUCUCCAAUGACAUAAACCCUGAGGCAUUUGCAGUCUUCUUGCAGUACAUUUGGUGAGUAUUCUCAUUACCUCUACCCCAAAUAUCAAAUUGCUGUUAAGUGUAGCUUUUACCUCCCUGGGAUCAAACUCUAAUGCCUAGAAAUCAGAUAGUUUUUCAUAUAUUACAUAAUAUUGCUUGGGGAAAAGUAU